AUGGUCAGCUCUUGUUGUGGCUCCCUCUGCUCUGAGCAGGGCUGUGGCCAGGAGAGCUGCUGCCAGCGCAGCUGUUUCCAGACCACCUGCUACAGGACCACCUGCUGCCAGCCCAGCUGCUGUGUGUCCAGCUGCUGCAGGCCCCAGUGCUGCCAGUCUGUGUGUUGCCAGCCCAGUUGCUGCAGGCCCAGCUGCUGCAUCUCCAGCUGCUGCAGACCCCACUGCUGCAGGCCCAGCUGCUGCAUCUCCAGCUGCUGCAGGCCCCAGUGCUGCCAGCCCAGCUGCUGCAUCUCCAGCUGCUGCAGGCCUAGCUGCUGCAUCUCCAGUUGCUGCAGGCCUAGCUGCUGCAUCUCUAGCUGCAGGCCCCAGUGCUGCCAGCCCAGCUGCUGCAUCUCUAGCUGCUGCAGGCCCAGCUGCUGCAUCUCCAGCUGCUGCAAGCCCAGCUGCUGCAUCUCUAGCUGCAGGCCCCAGUGCUGCCAGCCCAGCUGCUGCAUCUCCAGCUGCUGCAGGCCCCAGUGCUGCAUUUCCAGCUGCUGCCGCCCUGUGUGCUGCCAGUCCACCUGCUGCAGGACCACCUGCUGCAGGCCUUCCUGCUGCAUCUCCAGCUGCUGCAGGCCCAGCUGCUGCAUUCCCAGCUGUUGCCAGCCCACCUGCUGCCGCCCCACCUGCUGUAGUGCUUCUUGUUGCUGAGGGCUCUGACCUGAGCUCCUAUUAUUCAUCAACCAACACUCUAUGUGUAGAGCACUGUGGGAGGCCAAGUGUCAGGUCACCGCCAGCUGAUGCUGGAUUUGCCUGCACACGUACCUCAGCUGAGGUAAUGUCUCCCUCCUGGAUACAUGCUUGCUUUUCUCUGAAAUCUCUCAGCCUUCAAGUCACUCCCAUGAAAAUACUUGGAUUCUGACACUUCUUCCUCAAAUGGAGCAAUUUCUGCCAUUUAAAUAAACCUGUAUCU